AUUCUCCUAUCAGUGAGAGUGAUCGGCUCUCCAGCUUCAUCUCCUGCGGCGCUCAGUCCGUCGUGUCGGGGGGCGGCGCGUCCAGCUCGGGGUGGUUCAGUGGAGCCUCCUCACAGACGCACAACCUGACCGAGGAUUUACUGAGCAACAAAUCUUACCAUCACCAUCAUCAUCAUGUGGAAGAUCUCCGGCAAACACUUGUUGUGCUUCUUGCUGCUCGUCUUCCCGCUGAGCUGGGCAGAGGACACGAAGAAAGAUGCGAGGAAGACUGAGAACGCCACAGUUUUUGGCCAAGUGAAGAGCAGACGGCUGUUUGCAAGGCAAAAGAUUUCUCCACCUCAACAAAAUCAAAAUCUUAAGCACAAAUCAAACGUCAUGGCUCCUGCACGUCGCUGCGGCCGCUUGAUGGAAAGCUGCUCCUCGCAUGUUCCGUGCUGCGACCCCUGCGCCUCCUGCCGCUGUCGACUCUUCAAUACCAUCUGCCACUGCUGGAGGAUGAACCCCCUGUGCUUAAAGAAGACCUAGACAGGACACCCAGACGUGCACACUGAUACGUGCACAAAUACACAGCAGCAGACAUAUAGACACAGAGGUAUUUCCAUAUAUUGCCUUCUGGCUUGUUGGUUUUCCUCUUCGGCAGUGCAAGGGCAGUUUCAGUUCAUAUUAUUACAGUUCAGAGUAAGCUACUACACAGACUGAUGGAACAAGAGAAAGCUCUUCUUUGUGAGGCAAGAAUCUUAAAAAAACAACAAAAACAACGUAGUCUUAACCUACAUACUGUAGUUGGGUUUAUCUGUAGAUGUGACACAGUUUGGGUGACAUGCUUUUUCCUUCAUGUAGACAUAAAUAUGUGUAUCACAUUUUAACUGUGUGUUAUGCCUCGGGCAAUCCCUGCACUAUCGCUGCUUUGGAAUAUAUUUAUAAUUUCUAUUCUCUAUUAUCCAUGCUAAUCAUGUAGGGGCAUCGGUUGUUGGAUUUACAUUUUAAAAAAUGUGGAUAAAUGUCCUGUUAUGUAAACAAUGCAUUGAAGAAUACAUAUACAUGAGUCCCAGUUGUGAAAUCACCAGUUAUCCGUGUGUGGAUUUAUGAGCUGAAGUGUGUUUCUAUUUUUGCUAUUAUAUAAAUACUGUGUGAUAUAAACUUA